GUCCGGGUCUCUUUGUUGUGGUCGCAGCUGCCGCUUCGCUCUGCGCUCCGCGUCUCGCCCCUCACCGCCUCUCUGCCGCGCGGCGGACGCGCAGCCGGAGCGCCCCGGUGGUUUGCGGGUCUGUGCGGGUGUGACAUCAGAUCCGCUGUGAGAGACUCGGAGUUUGAGCGGCGGAGGCUCGGACUGGGGAUGCUGCUGCCGGACCGGACCGCCUCUGAGGCUUCCUGAACCCGGGAUCCCGCAGGAAUCAUCGCUCCUGCUCCGCCUCAGACCUGAGCGGCGCUCCGCUGCCUCUCUCCCGCAUUUGGAGCUCCUUCUUUGCGGGACGCGCCGUCAGGACAGCCGCGUUUCUUCAGGAAUUACGCCGAAGCGUGUGCGGCUGCUGAGCCGAGCCGAACCGAGCGGACUGCGGGGUUCGGGUCUCCUCCAUGAUGCUGACGGGCCCUGGGAGGUGCCGCCGGCGCCCGGGCGGGGCAGUCCGGUGCCUGGCGUCCGCCUGGCUGCUGGCGCUGCUGCUGGCCGGGCCGGAGGCUCGGGCUUCCUACCAGCCGCAGAGCGGGGAGUGCAAAGGCAGAGGCAAGGAGUGCUCAGAUCUGUCAGAGAAGAAGAGCGACCUGAGAGUCUGCGACGUCUCCACCUGCCGAUACGGAGGCGAAUGCAAAGACGACGGCGCGCAGCUCAAAUGCGUCUGCCAGUUCCAGUGCCACAAAAACUACAUCCCGGUGUGCGGCUCUAAUGGAGACACCUACCAGAACGAGUGCUACCGACGGCUGGCGUCCUGCAAGCAGCAGAGAUCCAUCUCCAGAGUCCAUGACGGGCCCUGCUCCGCCGAUCCCGGUUCUGGUUCAGGAGACGGAGACGACGAUGAGGGCUCAGCCUCCGACGUCGGGAAGAAGUUCACCAAGUGCAGCACGUGUAAAUAUGGAGCCGAAUGUGAUGAAGACUCCGAAGAUGUCUGGUGCAUAUGCAACAUUGACUGCAGCGGCCACAAUGAGAACCCGGUCUGCGCUACAGACGGAAACUCGUACAACAACCCGUGCCUGGUGCGGGAGGCUUCGUGCAUGAAGCAGGAGCAGAUCGACGUCAAACACCUGGGACGCUGCCUCGGUACGUUUAUGGCACAGAACACAUCUGGAAAUGUCCGUUCGUGAAAAGCAGUUCUUCUC